CACGCUAACAACCAUGGGUAAGGGUAAACGAAAAGGUAACCCUGAGGGCGCCAAACCUGUAUCGAUUACAGGAAGUAUGUCUAAUACAAGUGAGAAAGCUAUUGCUAUCUCUGAGGAAGCCAAGGAAAGUAAGCAGACAGCUCGAGAGAUUAAAUUUGGACGUCGACUGGCGAAUUCGGACAAGCGAUUGCGUGAUAAAGCAGUUAAUAAGUUGAAGUUGUGGUUGGGAACUCAGGAGAAUCUGAGUGACCUAGAAAGCCGUAAAGUAUGGAAGGGUCUGUAUUACUGCAUCUAUAUGUCGGACAAACCGCUUGUCCAGGAAGAGCUGGUGAGUGUUGUGUCGCAACUAGUGCAUUUGAUCAAGCAAGAUAACGAUGCGCUGAAGUUUAUCGACGCCUUCUUCUACAUAAUGAUCUCGGAAUGGAGCCGAAUUGAUCGUUUAAGAUUAGAUAAGUUCUAUAUGCUAGUGCGAGAGUGUCUGCUGCAGUUUUUCGUUUGGUGCGAAAACCGAGACUUCGAUAUGGAGAUUGUGAAGCAGUUUGUAGAGCUGUUGAACGAUUCGGUAUUAGAACCUUCUUCGCCGACCGUGCCCAAGGGUUUAAAAUGGUUUGUUAUGGAAAAGUUUCUGGUUCAGCUAGAGAAGGUCUUGCCACCUCCCGCUGAUAUUUCGGGAGAUGGUGAUGGUGAUGAUGUUAAGGAAGAGUCAGUAUACACUGACGAGACAAUGAUGAUGUAUUUGCAACCUUUCUAUCACUUACUUGCGUUCGAGACGGACAAGAUAACCCGAGCAAAGGUGAAGGAGUAUGUGUUUUCUGUAUUAAUCGAGAAGGAAGCCGAAGUGCUUGCAAAACUCAUGGAAGAAGAUAGCGACUCAGAGGAAGAGAGUGAGGACGAGGAACCGCAACCACCCUCGUUUCAAGUAGAUUGGGACGGUUUGUCUAAACUCUUGUUUUUACUAGCGGCGAAGAAAGAUAUUGCGGAUAUCAAUCGACGCGAGUUGUAUACCCUCAAGGCAGAUGUGGACAAAGUAGUGCUGAGUAUAAAAGAGCUGGGCCAACAAUUAUUUGCGGACAUGGAAGAUGAUGAUAAUGAUGACGAUGAAAUGGAUGUGGAUAAUGACCAAGAGGACGACAGCGAGGAUGACAGUGCCGACGGUAGUGCUAACGAUAUUGAAAUGACUGGGUCUGGUAGAAAAGUUAAAAAGGUAAAGGUCACGGAACAUGCGGACUUGCUGCCGAGUGAGAGUGAUGAUGACGACUAUGAAGCGGUUGAAGUUUCUAGUGAAAGUAGUAGCGAAGAGUCCGAUGCCCAGGACUCAGCAGAGGAGUCAAAGGUGACGGAGUUAGAAGAGAUUGUUGCCACAAAAGAAGUAACAAUUACUUUGCCUGCGCCCAAAAUUAGUAGGAAGCGAAAGAGGGAAGAAAACCGUAUCACCCCACCGGCUGCGACUAUAAAUUUCCAGCACAAGCACGCGACGGAGGAGCCCAAAAGGAGCAAACCUUUUAUGGACUUCAAGGUUCCCUCAUCAGAACCGCAUAAGCGACGAGUGGUGAUUUCGGAAAAUAGUAACAAGGUCAAAGAAUUCGACAAACGUUCAAGGGUUGCGUCCAAUAAGAAACCAGUUUACGAUCCUCUGAGGCAGCCACCGCCCGGUGUUUUAAAACCGUCGCCGUCGCCAAGUCUAAUGCAAACAGAACGCGAUCGAGGGACACCCAGGUCCACACCCGUACGUCGCAACAAGAAGAGCAAAAAGCAGUAAACUGUUGACAUAAAUGCAGUAAUCGAUAAUCUGUGCAUGCACGUACCUGGCGUGGAAUAAAUCAUGUAAAUGUGUACUUUUAGAAUAGUAAAGUUCUUCUGCACUCUCA